AUGAGGCCAUGGAUUGUUGUGAUGUACCUGGUCCAAGGGCUUGUUCAUUCAAAAGAAGCAAUGAGAACAAAAAGAGCUGUGGAUCCAGAAGCCUUUAUGAACAUUCAUGAGCUUAUUACACACAAAGGCUAUCCCAGUGAGGAACAUAAAGUGGUGACUGAAGAUGGAUAUAUACUUACUAUUAACAGAAUACCAUUUGGUAUUAAGAAUCAAGGGAAUACAGUUUCAAAACCAGUGGUGUUUCUAAUGCAUGGUUUAAUGGGUGAUGGAAGCAACUGGAUUUUGAAUUUGGAUCACAAUAGUUUGGGCUUCAUCCUGGCAGAUGCUGGCUAUGAUGUUUGGCUUGGAAACAAUAGAGGAAACAUCUGGUCCAGAAGCCACCAAAAUCUGUCUAUAUCUCAAGAUGAAUUUUGGGCUUUCAGUUUUGAUGAGAUGGCAAAGUAUGAUCUUCCAGCUAUGAUCAACUUCAUACUACAAAAAACUGGACAACAGCAGCUAUAUUAUGUUGGGUAUUCCCAGGGCGCUGCAAUAGCAUUUGACCCUGUUCAGUGGAGUGAAUUGGGCAUCAGUUAG